AUGGCGUUAUCAGAAGAAUCGAUACCAAAGUUGUAUCCUAGUUCAACCCCAUUAUCCAAUGGUAAUGAUAGAAACCCAACUGUCAUACAAGCCACAUCUACCCCUCCUCCUCCUCCUCCUCCUCCAGCACUACCUGAUAUAUCGACCAGCACUCCAAUAGAAACCCCUUGGUAUUAUAAAAGAUCUACUGGAUCUGAAAGUGAAGAAGAAGAAGAAGAUACCAAUAAUGGUAACGACGAUUAUGAUGAUUAUUAUCAAGAUGAUGGGGAAACAAUACAAAAGACACCAUCUCCAAAUAAACUGAAAGGAUAUAGAUUCAAUAAUCAACUUGACUUUGCAUCGACUCCAUUAAAUCCGAGUUGCACGCUUUCAUUUUCAUCACCCAUGAAUAAACUCAAUCAACUACACUUGGAAUCUCAACUUGAUAUGGACGGAUUUGAGGAAGAACAUCUAAUAGAACAAGGUGAAGAAGAAGAAGAAGACGAUGACGAUGACGACGAAUAUUCAUUAGGGAAUAAAACGAUAACUACACAUGAAUCUGAAUCUGAAUCUGAACAAGGUGAGAGUAACGAGAUUAAUAUUAAACACUUUGAACCAAAAUAUAUAAGUUCACGAAGAAAACGAUUACAUCUGGAAUCUCCCGAUAUGAUGGUUUUAACCCCUAAUGUCAAUUACAAAAAUAACGUUAAUGAUAAAAAUGAUGUCAAUGAUAUAACUUAUGGUAAUGAUAUGUCAAUUUGUAACACCACUAGCACCACCACAAAUACCACCGCCACUAAUACUUCAGCUUUUAAAUUUAGUUUCUCAAAUAUUAGUGAUUCAACACCUUGUCCUCGACAACCUAAACGGAAAAGAUUGAAAUUUAAACAUGAACUGACAAGAAAUAUAUUAGAUUUGAAUUAUGCUAAAAAAUCCAUACUAUCACAACCACUGUCUUUCCCAUUAUAUAAUGAUGGAGGUGAAGGUGAAUUGCCAAAUGAAAAAUAUUGUUAUGAUAAUGAUGAUGAGAAUAACAGUGGUAUUAGUAGUGGUAGCACUGAUAAUAAAAGUAUUAACAGUAAACUAGAAUCAACUCCAAUUUCCCAGUCAACACCAGCAUCACUGAGAGCUUCAUCGCCACCUCCACUACAGCAACAACAACAACAAAAACCACGAGCACAACCACAACCACAACCACAACAAACAUCAUCAUCAUCAUCAUCAAAAUCAGGUCAAGAAUAUGGUGAGACAAUCAAUGGAUACAAAUUUGUUAAACCGAAAAACUCAAUGAACAAUACUAAACUUCCACAAUUCAAAUAUGAAACACCUAUAAAUAAUAAUCGUUAUCAUCAAUUGUGUCAAGGUUAUAAUAGUAACAAUUAUCAAAUAAUGAACGAAUUGCCAGUGACAGCAGCUGGAUUGAUGCCUCAUGGGGACGAAGAUGAUGAUGAUAUUCAUAUUGGUGAUCGUCGAAUAGGCGAUCCUUAUUUGAAUUUGCUGAGAGAUGAUGAUAAUCAUUGCGACCAGGAAACUCAUGAUGAUGGUAAUCAAUUACGAGAAAUAUAUUUCAAAGAGAAUAGAUUACCAUUACCGACACCUUAUUUUUAUCAAUUGAAAUCAUUAUCAGUUGAUCAAAUAUUGGCAUUAAUAAAUUAUGAAAAUCUAUUGAAAUUUUAUGAAACAAUUUUGAAUGGAGAUGAAACUUUAUAUGAAUUAUUAAAACAAGAACGAAUUCGUUGGCAUCCAGAUAAAUGGAUUGGUAAAUUGAAUCAAAAAAAUGAAAUGAUUAUGGAUGUUGAUUAUGAACUUACUAUUAAAAUGGUAGAUAGUAUUAGUCAAACGAUAAAUUCAAUAAUUGAAUCAUUAUAA